UUCAAGAUGGCCGAUUGUUUUGGGUAUUGUUUAGACUCAGACCUGACAAUUGCAGUGGUGCGGAAUAUAAUAUGAUAAAGGUGAUUUCAUAAAUGAGAAAAUAAGUAUAUCCUAAAAACUCCAAGAUUGGUUCUUGUUAACGGACCGUACUAAAAAUGAUGGAUAUCUCCUGAUAUACAUAUGUACUAAAACAUGGAAAAACAGAAUAUGGUCAAAUAAAAAUAAAAUACAUAAAAUGUGAAAUGAAAACCUGCAAAAACUAAGCAAGUAUAUUGAUGUUUGUUUCCCAACCUGAAGUAAUUUUAGAUAUGAAACAGAAAUCCAAUAAUGAUCUACCAGUAUACAUACAAGAUCUAAAUAGUUCUUAUGGAAAAGAAACCAAAACUAUCAUGAAAAUAACAUGGUUACUUAUGUUAAUACUGGAAAUAUGUCUAUACAGUUCGUAUUCUCCUUUGGUUCACAUUUGUCAAGUGGAUGGUAAAAUUCCCUUUUCUUCUGCAUCUCUUGUUUUAUUUACUGAAAUUUUCAAGCUUGGUAUAUCAGUAAUGAUGUAUUUACCAGAAGUUAUAGAAAAGGGUAUUAAAAUACCUUCCAUAUCAUUUUUCAUACCACUUUGUGUACCUGCUAUAUUAUAUACUGGUAAUAAUAACAUAUCAGUACAUAUGCAACAAGAAAUGGAUCCAACCACUUAUCAGGUAUUAAGCAAUCUAAAGAUAGCCUCCACUGCUGUUUUAUAUAGAAUUAUUAUGAAAAGAAAGUUGUCCCGUAUAAAAUGGUUAUCUCUAGGAUUAUUAACAUUAGCCGGUGUUAUAGAUAGUUUCAGUGGAAAUAGAAAUAUAAAGUUGAAAGAUUCAGUGUAUGAAAUACAUGUUACAGCAAAAGGAUUAUUGAUGAUGUUUACAUAUUGUUUUAUAUCAGGUUUAUCUGGAGUUUAUACAGAAUAUAUUUUUAAACAAAACUUGAAGUGUUCAAUUCAUCAACAAAAUAUAUUUCUGUAUAUAGUUGGUAUUAUUUUAAAUGGUUCAAUGUGGCAAUUUAACAGAAUUAAUGCAGCUAAUUACUUUAAUGAUGAAUCUAAUAGUUUAUUGAGUGGUUUUACAGUUUAUACAUGGUUAAUAGUUUUAUCUCAGGCAGUGAAUGGAUUAAUAAUGUCUGUUAUUAUGAAAUAUGGAAGCAAUAUAACUCGAUUAUUUAUAAUAUCAUGUGCUAUGAUAAUGACAACUGUAUUCUCUAUACUUAUUUUCAACAUACAAUUAAAUAAUUUAUUUGUAUGUGCUUUGAUAUUAGUUUUAGUAGCACUUGUGUUAUAUCAUCAGAGUGCUUGAGCUUGAAGUUGUUACUGAAAUCUGACAAUACGGUGCUCUUUUAUUGAAAAAUGGUUGUGCAUCUAGCUAUGUUUUUUAAUUAUUUUACAAAAAAAUGCCUAUUGAUAUGUUUAGGCUUUGUUUAAAAGAGAAUAGUAAAAAAAUGUCUGAUUUAUUAUAAGGCAUUGAAAUCAUGUGAUAAUAGUGAGUGCUAAAUAACUGUUCUUUUAUCAUCUUCAUUUAAAGAGGAUAUGUUAAAUUUGAAUCAUCUAAUUUGUUUUUACCAUUAGUUCAAAGAUCAAAAAUUGUCGCUUUGAUUGGAUUUUACAUUUUCAUUUGUUUUGUUGAAUGACAAAAUUUAUAUUUAAAUGAAAUGAAAUGAAAUGGGGUUUAACGUCCUACUCUUCUGCACCUAACCUGGGCUAAUUGAAGACGGGCAUACACCAUACAGUGUGAGGGAAAUUUUGCCCGGGCAGCGGCGCUACGGCCUACUCUUAUAUCGAAUUCCAACUGCCAAAGGUUCUUUUACGUGCACGCCAAAGUGUACACGGGUCCUCGGUUUUUCGUCCCAUCCGAACGACUAGGCAGCUGUCCUUGUCAGGCCUUCUGUUCUGCAUCACUGACAAGGGGAAACCACGCCAGAAAAUCGAGAUGAACUUUCUCGGCCCAAAAAUUUAUAUUUAAAUUUAUACACCUAUAGAUAUACCCGAUGUUAAGAUAGGACCAAUUGAUUAUUGAAAAUCAACAGGGUUCAGUCUUCCCAACCCCAUUGGUAGUAUAUUGUCGUCGGUCCGUCCGUCCUGUGUCUAGAGGCUAAAGUUAAUAUCUGAUUGACUUUAAAUUUAUACACAGUGUUUAAGGUCAUGAGACGAAGGAGUCUAUUGAUUUUCAGCGAUUCCGAUAAUUACUGCCAGAGUUAUGGCCCUUGAUCACUUUGAAAAAUCUUGUAGGCUAAAGUUAAUAUCCGAUUGACUUUAAAUUUAUACACAGUGUUUAAGGUCAUGAGAGGAAGAAGUCUAUUCAUUUUCAGCACUGCCAGAGUUAUGGCCCUUGAUCACUUCAAAAAAUCUUGUGGAUGCUCUAGAGGCUAAAGUUAAUAUCCGAUUGACUUUAAAUUUAUACACAGUGUUUGAGGUCAUGAGACAAAGAAUCCUAUUUCAACGAUUUCCGAUAAUUACUGCCAAAAUUAUGGCCCUUGAUCACUUUGAAAAAUCUUGUAGGCUAAAGUUAAUAUCUGAUUGACUUUAAAUUUAUACACAGUGUUUAAGGUCAUGAGACGAAGAAGUCUUUUCAUUUUCAGCAAUUUCCGAUGAUUACUGCCAGAGUUAUGGCCCGAGGGGCAGAGCCACGCCCAAUUUUUGUGUUUAUCAUAUACUGGCCAUGAUUAUGAACUAUUGAUAUUGGUGUAAGUCCCGACCCCAGAGGCUGGAGCAUGCCCAAUUUUUUAGUUUAGCGUCUGAAGGCCACAGUUCGGGAUGGAUUAUCUUGGAACUAGGUAUACUUAUUAAUUAUACCCUAAGGACAGCAACUAUUGAUUUUGGUGCAUGGUUCCCCCCUCUCUCCCUCUCCUGGGAGGUGCCAUACCCACUUUUUGUUAAUAUUUUGUCUAAAUAAUCUACAGGUUGCAAUUAUUAACAGAUUUGGAUCCAAUUCAGUAUGAUUCAUCAUAGGGUUGUACCUAUUUAAAAUUGUGAAAAGAGACAAGUGUUGAGUUUGCACGAACAAAGUUCAUUACCAAGAACUGAUAUUGGGUUCAAACCCAAAACUCCACAAAAAGAGACCCAUCACAAGUUUCACCUAUGUGCCAUAAGAUAGGAAAGCCCAAGAAAAUGUUUACCAGAAAUAUUUCACGAAUUAGGCAUUGCGUUUUUAAUGGCUUGGAGUGUAAUUUGACCCAAAGUAAAUUAACGAGAGAUACAGAUUUAUUUAUACCAAAAAUGGUCAACUCUUUCACCCACAUGCUGGGAAUUCAUAACAUUGGGGAUUGCAGUUAGUCAUUAGAGAGAUCUGUUAAUUAAUUAGUUAGUGAAUAACAUUGAAUGUUGCUGUUAGGAUAUAUUUAUUAUAUUUUGAACUUCAGAUACAUAACAAGGCUUCCUCUUUAAAAUAAUUACAACUAAAAUAGCAUUAUUAUACAACUUUUUUAACAUCAAAUGUGUUCUAUUGUUUGAAUAAAGAAUGUUCUUUUUUAAGCCCUAA